GCUCAGGCAUUAAGAGAUUGGAGAAGUGCUGCUUGCGCAAGUUAAAGGAGAAGAGAAACGGCAAUCAAAUAAAAAGCGGCUGCAGAAACAAAACAGAACUUUUACUGAAUAUAAAAAAAAAAUGUCUCUUUUCACCAAAGUCUUGAACAGCAGUUGCAGACAGGCGCUUGAGCCUGAGAAAAGGAGUUGCUUUUUUCGUGUGAUUUUUGUCAGCGGGUUUCACCAACUGACCAAACGUUCUAGCAGCCAGACUUUGGAGGUGCAAAAUAACACUACAACAGCAGCUGCUGCUGCAGCAGCAGAGGACAAAGAGGAGGAGAUGGUGGCAGUUUCAGAGGAGGCAGAGCGGCUCCUGAAACCCACCCAACACCACCACUGCAAAGUGAAGAGCCUGCAAGAAAUGCCUGGACCCAAAACCCUCUCCAACCUGGUUGAGUUCUUCUGGAAGGACGGCUUUGGUCGCAUUCAUGAAAUCCAGCAAAAACACACUCAGGAGUAUGGAAAGAUCUUCAAGUCUCACUUUGGUCCACAGUUUGUAGUGUCCAUUGCAGAUCGAGACAUGGUUGCUCAGGUGCUCCGGGCGGAAGGUAGAACUCCACAAAGAGCUAACAUGGAAUCCUGGCAAGAGUACAGAGAUUUAAGAGGGAGAGCUACAGGACUUAUUUCUGCGGAAGGGGAAGAAUGGCUAAAAAUGAGGAGUGUACUAAGGCAGAAGGUCCUGAAACCCAAGGAUGUGGCUGUUUUCUCUGAAGGAGUCAAUGAAGUCAUCACAGAUUUAAUUAAGAGAAUCAACACUCUCAGGAGUCAAGAGGAAGAUAGGGAAACAGUGACCAAUGUUAACAACCUUUUCUUCAAGUAUUCCAUGGAAGGUGUGGCAACUAUUCUGUAUGAAUCCCGAUUGGGCUGCCUGGAAAACAACAUCCCAGAGAAGACUGUGGAAUACAUUGAGGCUCUGGAAUUGAUGUUUAGCAUGUUUAAGACAACUAUGUAUGCAGGGGCAAUUCCCAAAUGGCUUCGUCCAUUUAUUCCAAAACCUUGGAGAGAGUUCUGCAGAUCCUGGGAUGGGCUCUUCAAAUUCAGUCAAAUCCACGUUGACAACAAGAUAAAGGCUAUUCAGUCCCAAUUGGACCAAGGAGAAGAAGUAAAAGGUGGGCUACUCACCUAUCUCCUAAUGACUAAAGAGCUUACUGUGGAAGAGAUCUAUGCUAAUAUGACUGAAAUGCUUCUGGCAGGAGUGGACACAACUUCUUUCACUUUGUCCUGGGCAACAUACUUGUUGGCAAAGCAUCCUGAAGUUCAGGAAUCUGUGUAUGAAGAGAUAGUCAAUAAUCUGGGAAAAGAUCAAGUUCCCACUUCAGAUGAUGUCCCCAAAUUGCCACUGAUUAGAGGCCUGCUCAAAGAAACCCUGAGGUUAUUCCCAGUAUUGCCAGGAAAUGGUAGAGUGACACAAGAAGACUUGGUUGUUGGAGGAUACUUGAUACCUAAAGGGACCCAGUUAGCACUCUGUCAUUAUGCUACAUCGUAUGAGGAAGAGAAUUUCCCAAUGGCAAAUGAUUUCCGACCUGAGCGCUGGCUGAGGAAAGACAAUACGGACAGAGUGGACAACUUUGGUUCCAUUCCAUUUGGUUAUGGCAUUCGCAGUUGUAUAGGAAAAAGAAUUGCAGAACUGGAAAUUCACCUUGCACUGAUUCAGCUGCUUCAAAAUUUUGAGAUCAAAAUUUCUCCCAAAACUAAACCAGUUAAGGCCAAAACCCAUGGACUUUUGACUCCUGGAGACGCCAUCAAUGUGAAAUUUGCUGACAGGAAGUGAGAUGCAAAUGUUUAGGAAAUUUUAGUGUGUACUCUUCUUGGAAAUUGACUUGCAUCUGAUUGAAAUAUGAUGAUUGUUCUCUUGUCCAUUGGCUUGUGGGCAUUCUGCAAAAUGAUUAAGUCUUAGAUGCUGACCUACUUCUAGCAAUAUCCAAGAGAUGUUAUCUCUCUCAUAGAAGAUAAUUCCACAAGUUCACAUGGAACUGUAUGGAAAUAUAAACUUAAAUACUUCCUUUUUGCACUGGGAGUUACCUUUUCCCUGGAAUCAGUUUUGUAUGAUAGCAAUAGAUGCACUGAAACAACACUAUCAAGUUCAGACAUGGCAUAUUGUCUUGAGCUUUUGUUAGACUGCUUAGUCGUCAAAGAGAAGCAUUCCUGUGUGUCUGUGUGGUGAUAUAUACUCUUCCCAAACCUGUAUAUAUAUGUUGAUUGACAGUUUCUCUUUGUUGUCUUCAAUGCCUUUUUUGCAAUUCUGCCUCUUUAGUUAGCUUGAAAAAAGCAUUUACAUGAUAUGCGUCAAAAUAAAAUUAAUUCAAUAGUUUGAAACAUAAAGAUGUUGUAAAAAUAUAUGGAAGAUGUUGCCAGUUUGUUUAGACUCAACAAUUAGGAUCUGUUUUUAAAAAUGUUUUUAUAAAACAUAAAGUGAAUAGAAAUAAUAAUUGCUUUGAAAUAUUUCGUAUUGGCCACAGUCGGAAGACAGGAGACUGAGCUAGAUGGACAAUUGGCCUGACCUAGUAUGGCAGUUCUUAUGUAAAUGUGUCUGUAAAAUUAAAAGCAUUUGUAAAAAAAAUAAUUUUUUAAAAAACAUAUUUAAACACCAUGUUGCAGAGUUAUGAACCCAAACAGUGUUAUCACACGAAAAGCAGGAAGUGAAAUUAGAUUGUUUCACUGUUCCAUUUGAAUUACAUGCAAAUAGUAAAUAAACAAGAAAAAUGAUGGAAAUACAUUAGUUUCCACGUUUCCAUUUCCUGUGACCUAAAAUAUUACUAGUAACAGAGAUGUUUUAAAAAAUGGCAACAAAACCAAACAUAUAAUUUUUGUCCUGAUAGUCUCUUUUUAAAAGUAAGAACUGGAAACUCUCAUUGUAAUUUACUGCCUGCCCUCUGUAGGAUGGAUAUGUGACUGCUACGAGGUUUAUCGGUUUUAGAUUAAUUGACUAUCUAGUGACCAAUCUAAAAAGUGUAUACUUUAAAGUUACAUUCUCUUUGACAGCUAGUGGAAAAUAUCUCUUGUAUG